AUUCCCGCGCCUCAGUUUCCCGGUCUGGAGGGCGAUCCCGUAGGGCUUGCCCAAAGGGCGAGGAAACUGCGUGGCGGCAGUGUGCAAUGCUUAGUUCCUUUGUGUCUUGUUAGUCCUCGCUUCUCUGGUCGCCCAGGCUGGCAUGGAACUAACUCCCUGUGUAGCCGAGGCUGGCCUUCAACUCCUGAUCUUCCUGCUGUACUUUCGAAGUGCUGAGAUUGCGAUCGUGUCAUGCUCCCCGGUGCCCGUGAAUAUAUAAAACUUUUUAAAAAAGUAUACAUUCAUUUGCUUGGUCAGAGGACAACCAUGUGGGUUCUGGAAUAAACUCAGGUCGUGGCGGGCAAGUCCUCCGAUUUUCAAGUUGAGUAGUAUCCUACUCUCUGCUUGCCCUGCUCUCUGACUCUCCGUCAGGAGAGUCCCCAGAAUGGCUUCCACAAGAAGGCCCAUUGGCCCUCCUCGUGGUGCUUUUGACUUCAGAGAUAUGUUCUUAGAGGACUCAAGGAUGGAGGACAUAAGAAGCAUGCAAGCCCGAGGUCUUGGCCAAAUGGCACCCGGGCUGAACCGAACCCUAAAGAGGAACCAAAGGAUGGAUGAGAAAUAUUUGAUGCCCAAAGAGGAGGCCAUGCUAGGGAAGGGACCAAGGUUGGCCUUGAGGGCCCCAACCAUCUCCUCCAAAACCAGAGCCGAUGAGGCCCUUAGGAAGCUGGCCCGGAUGGAAACCAAGAUCCGGAGUCGGAAGCAGGCGCCCACGGCUUUGUCUGACACAGAGUCUGACUCGAAGAUCACAGAGCUGAGUCUUCCUUCUCAUCAUCCACACACAACCUUCCAGAAGCAAGCCUGUAAAACCCCCACAGCAAGGAGCGAUGCGCCAAGUGGGGAAGGCAGCAGGUUUCUUAAGAAGAAAGAGCCACCCCCUAAAGCUAGGUCCCCGGUACCCACAGUGGAGAAAGAGAAGCACAUCCCACUACCCAGACAGAAAGAACCUGCUAGAAAAUGUGAUGUUCCCGACAGUGACGAAGAGGAAAUGAAAGUAUUGCUUGGAAGCUUGAUGGACUCUUCAGGAGAAAAAGAAACAAAUAGGAAUCGGGGGCUCACCAGCACCAAAGUCAGCAGGAUCGAUCAUGGAAAACUGUCUUCGGAUCAGACUCCAACUCAGCCAGAAGUCCCGUCUCUGCUCAGUGUGGACUGUUCUGGUUCAAAGCCUUCUCGUCCCUCACAUCGGCUGGACUCUCCGUGGGUUCUCAAGGCUGGAGACACAGCCUCCCUCACAUCCUCGCCUUCCACCACAAAUGACCUUUCAAAAUCAGCAUUUUCAAAGAUGGGGUGCAUCAGGCUGGCUUCCUCCCCUAGCAGGAGUGAGGGGAGAUCUCCAGAGGAGCCAGUCUCAGAAGUUGCUGAUGACAGCCUCCAUGAUUUUAGAAUUAAUGUUUUGUCCGUUGAUGAUCUGGUACUGGCUGAGGGAGAGAACUCAGACGUGGAACAGAGAGAGGAAGGUUCUGGAAGGGAAGAGAUGUCAGGCAGAAGCUCUCCACCCUCGUCACCCACUCGACUGGAAGAACAGAGGGCGGCCCAGCAUAAGAGCUCUGUAUUUCAGAGCACGGCCACUGUGGUUGCUGAUGAGGAGUGUCUCACCACCGAGGUCUCAGAGCAUCUGGCUGACAGCUCCGCUGCAACUGCCCAGUCUCACAGCGUGCCCAGCAUGCAGUCUGUGGAGGCUCUCGUUGCACUCACCGCCAGCCCCGCUUACUCUGAGGAUUUUGAGCCAUCCUCUGGGUCCUUGGCCUCAGAGGCAUCCUUCAGCAGGACACAGGACACUUUGUCACAGUUUUCUUCCAGGGGGCGGUCAGAUCCACCUCCCGGACAAUCCCUAUCGAGGACAAAGUGGGGCCAAGGUGUUAGUAGAGUUGUGAAGGAGACAGCUGUGCAGACGCUUGACCCCGCCUUUGCCUACCAGUGGAGCACGGCUGGUGGCAUGGCGGCCAUUGGCCCCACCCUCGGAGGUGCCUACGUGGACCCAGCACCCAUCGCCAGUCACGUUGUCAGUGCGGACGCUAUAGAAGCCCUGACAGCCUACAGCCCUGCGGUGCUGGCACUGAAUGACAUGCUGAAGCAGCAGCUGAGCCUGACACGGCAGUUCAUCGAGGCCAGCCGCCAUCUGCACGUGUCCCUUCUGCAGUCGCUGGAUGGGGACUCAUUUCACUAUCACACCCUGGAGGAAACCAAGGAGUACAUUAGGUGUCACAGGCCCGCACCCCUGACCAUGGAGGCUGCCCUCGAGGAGGUGAAGGAGGAGCUUCAAGUCCCAGCAGCCCCCAUCUGCACAGUGGCCACCAUGCAGACACCUCGUGAGGACAGCUGAGGACCUGCUACAGGCCACUCACAGCAGGACGGAGCCCUGAGUCAGUGCAACAGACAGUGCGUGCAUGCUGGGCGCCUGCAUCAUCCAAGAGGGAGCCAGCAGCCCACGGGGGAGUGUUCUGUGCCAGGCGCUGAGACAGGUCUUUUGAGCAUGGUGUUGGACACAGCCUGCGCCACGGCAUGUGCACCUCACCCACAGCUGGACAAAGUGAUCUUUUACAAAAGGCUUUAUUUGAAGGCAAAACAGUAAAAUCCACAAUCAGUUAACAGCA